AUAAGUAAAAGCGUUGGUGCCAUGGCAGGACUCAGGGUACCUAACAAUAACAUAGCCCACAUUUUAUAUUCUGAAGCCUCCAAAAGAGUGCGAGAGAUCAGAGACUGAGCAACACAAAAGAGAUUUUAGAAAAAAUGAGCGAUAAAGAAGAAGCAGCAGCACAAACAGAAAUUGAAAUGUGGAAAUAUGUAUUUGGGUUUAGCAAUAUUGCAGUGGUUAAGUGUGCUUUUGAGCUUGGAAUAGCCAAUGCUAUUGAAAACCAUCAAGGACCCAUCACGCUAACUGAUCUAUCAUCCACCAUUGGAUGUAACCCAUUUUCUCUGUAUCGCAUCAUGCGGUUCUUAGUCCAUCACAAUAUUUUCAACGAGCAACUCACUGCCGACGGUACCAAAGGCUAUAUACAGACACCUCUCUCUCGCCGGUUACUUGGUCCCGGGGAGAACAACAUGGCGGCUUUUGUUUUACUUGAGAGCAGUCCGGUUAUGCUGGCACCAUGGCAUUUUCUAAGUUCUCAUGUGAGACUAAAUGGGCCUACGCCGUUUGAGGCAGCUUACGGCGACCAUCAGUGGAAAUAUACAGCAGCAAACCCAGGCCAUAGCAAUCUAUUCAAUGAUGGAAUGGCUUGUAAUGCUAGAAAUAUGGUGUCUAAUAUGGUUGAAAAGUGUAUAGAGGUAUUUGAUGGGGUAAAAACUUUGGUAGAUGUUGGUGGAGGAAAUGGGACUGCUUUAAGGACAUUGGUUAAGCUUUGUCCUUGGAUUCAAGGCAUUAACUUUGAUCUUCCUCAUGUUGUGGAUGUUGCAGAAGCAUGUGUUGGUGUUAAGCAUGUUGGUGGUGACAUGUUUCAAUGUAUUCCAAACGCUGAUGCUGCUUUUCUAAUGUGGGUUCUUCACGAUUGGAAUGAUGACGAAUGUAUCCGUAUCUUGAAGAACUGCAAGGAAGCUAUUCCAGAGGAAAAUGGGAAGGUGAUAAUUGUUGAAGCUGUGAUUGAUGAAGCAAAUGACGACAAGCUUGAGUUCGUGAGGUUGGCGUUGGACAUGGUGAUGAUGGCUCAUACUACAGGUAAAGAGAGGACAUCUAAGGAAUGGGAAUAUGUUCUUAAGGAGGCUGGCUUCUUAAGGAGGCUGGCUUUAGCCGUCAUACUAUAAAGUCCAUAGCAACUCUUCAAUCUGUCAUUGAGGCCUUUCCUUGAAUAUGAUUUAUUAAAGCCAAUUA